GCCGUAUUAGCUUCAAUGGGGGCUAUGGAGAAGCAAAAGCACAUCGUUGCUUCUGCGUUUCUCUCCUUACUUUUGAUCAAUUGCUUAGGUUUAAGGUAAGGGGAGGAGGAUGGAGAUGGAUUUGAUUGUCACACCGGAGAAGCAGAGGAAUCGUCAUGCAGUGAGGUUGGUGAAAACUCCUGUGAGAAGGAAGUUGAUAGCUGAUGAUGAUGAUGAUCACGAGAUUGGGACAGAGAAGAAAGGGCAAUCAAGAACUGCUGGUGGUGGCCUUCGCCAGUUCAGCGUUAUGGUGUGCCAGAAGUUAGAAGCUAAGAAGAUCACUACAUACAAGGAGGUUGCAGAUGAAAUCAUUUCAGAUUUUGCAACAAUUAAGCAGAACGCAGAGAAGCCUUUGAAUGAGAAUGAGUAUAACGAGAAGAACAUAAGGAGGAGAGUCUAUGAUGCACUCAAUGUCUUCAUGGCCUUGGAUAUUAUCGCAAGGGAUAAAAAAGAAAUCCGGUGGAAAGGGCUUCCCAUUAUCUGCAAAAAGGAUGUCGAAGAAGUUAAGAGAGAUCGAAAUAAGGUUAUGAAUAGUGUGCAAAAGAAGGCUGUUUUCCUUAAAGAAUUAAGAGAAAAGGUCUCAAGUCUUGAGAGUCUUAUGUUGAGAAAUCAGGAGAUGGCUGUGAAGACUGAAGGCCCAGCAGAAGGUUUUAAUUUACCUUUAAUUCUACUUGAGACAAAUCCUCAUGCAGCUGUCGAAAUAGAGAUUUCUGAAGAUAUGCAACUUGUUCACCUUGACUUCAAUAGCACGCCAUUCUCGGUCCAUGACGAUGCAUACAUAUUGAAACUGAUGCAAGAACACAAGCUGCAGCAAAACAGAGCUUCUUCUUCUUCCUCUACACAUCAUCAAUCUCAACAUUCUUCUUCCAGUUCUUGCAUUGCUUCUGGAACCUCAGGCCCGGUUUGCUGGAACUCAAGAUCCAGCUGACGGAGAAACCGAUGAUUACCUCCCCUAUUCUUCAAGAAAGAAGAAGAAAAACAAGUGAUCUAAUUGGUAUACUAUAAAAAAAUUAUACAUCUGGCUUUAUGUCAUAUGAGAGAGCUUGUAAUCUUGUAAUUCAAAGGCCAACAUCAAAUAUUCAAAUGUUUGUUUAUCCAAUUUUUCCUUUAUAAAUGAAAC